GCAGCAGGAAGUUGAUUUGCGAUGCUUUGACGCAUGCGCCAACCACCUCCGGUAUGACGGUCGGAUGUUGUCAGCUCGCCUCAUACCAUCAUCUCUGACAAACCGUAAAACAGAUUGUACACAAUCAUCAUGGCGACCCAGGAUGAAAAUCAAGAAGUAACAAUGGAAGCUGAGGUAAAGCCAGAAGACGCUGAGCCGUUGUGUGAAAGUGCUGAAAAGGUUGACUCAGACAGCGUGUCCCAGACGGAGGAAGGAAACUCCACGACUCAGGACUCGAGUAUUAUCAACGGAGACAACGCAGACAGUGAACAGGAGAUGGUGGACCUGAAGAUCAUUUGGAACAAGAUUAAGUACGACCUGAAAAUUCCUCUGGAUAGCUCUGGAGCCAAGCUGAAAGAGGCGAUCCAUUCACUUACUGGUCUUCCCCCUGCAAUGCAGAAAGUCAUGUACAAGGGAUUGCUUCCAGAGGACAAGACGCUUCGCGAGAUCAAAAUUACAAACGGUGCAAAAGUAAUGGUGGUAGGAUCCACGAUGAACGACGUUCUAGCGGUGAACACGCCCAAAGAGGUAAUUCAGCAGGAAGUCAAGGCUGAAGAAAACAAAAAAGAACCUCUAUGCAGUCAAAAGCAACACAGGAAGGUACUAGACAAAGGUAAACCAGAUGACAUAAUGCCAGCUGUUAAAGGGACAAAGGAACGUUUGCCCACAGUGCCUUUAGCCGGGAUGUAUAACAAAUCCGGGGGGAAAGUUCGACUCACUUUUAAACUCGAGCAGGAUCAGUUGUGGAUCGGAACCAAGGAGAGGACGGAGAAGGUACCCAUGGGCUCCAUAAAGAAUGUAGUGACUGAAUCUAUCGAAGGCCAUGAUGGCUAUCACAUGAUGGCAUUCCAGCUUGGUCCGACAGAAGCUUCUCAGUAUUGGAUCUACUGGGUGCCUUCACAGUUUGUUGAUGCAAUCAAAGACACAGUCCUUGGAAAAUGGCAGUAUUUCUAAUGUGCCUCUACUUUGACAAUGUCAAACUGGGAAUGGGAUUUGGAAGACAAAGCCAAGCGAGAGCGGAGACAACAGGGAAGCGUACAGGAUUUUCUUGGGAAAGACGCGAAGGAAACCGAAGGAUGCCUGUGGACUAACUGAUUUAUUUUUUCUGUUUUGGGUGCACUACGUGGCAGCAGCAUUUCUCAGUCCAGUUCAUCAUACAAGGUUUUCACCAAAUCCAAGGAAUAAAAACAUAAUUGUACAGAAAUUGCUAACAAUUUUCUUCAAUUAUUCUUAAAGAAAUAAAAGUUAUUUAAGGAAAA